AUGCAAUCAACAGGCAAAUAUACCAACCCAGCUCAUACUUUAGACCGAGUCACGGUUCUGAAACAGACGACGCAUAUCCUCCAUCUACUAACCAUUCUCCGCGAUCUCACGACCGAAACUUCUACUUUUGCGACGGUAGUACAUCAGAUCAGUCGUGAAGUCAUCACAACAGCCCUCGAUCAUAUCCCCUUCGAAAAUGCCGUGAUCAAAACCCCAGUCGGGGGCACCUUCGGUGGUGUAUCUCCGGCGAAGGGUGUUUGCGGGGUAAGUAUCCUACGAGCAGGUGCGAGUAUGGAGAAUGUUUUACGAGAGUCAUGGCUGGGAAAACUCAGCUUUGGCAAGAUUCUCAUCCAGCGCGACGAGGAGACAUGUCUGCCGCAAUUAUUCUACUCCAAGUUUCCCCCUCGCAUGGCGGACGAUAUCGUCUUACUCCUCGAACCGAUGCUCGCAACGGGCGGAUCGAUAAUGAAAGCCGUCGACGUCCUCCUCGAUAAAGGCGUAUCCCAAGAAAACAUUGUCCUCGUGAAUAUACUCGCGUCGCGAAAGGGUUUAGAUAUUGUGGCUGAGAAAUUUCCGGGUCUCAAAAUCGUGACGGCAGCGGUGGAUGAGGAGCUUACUCCUUCAAACUGCAUCAGUCCUGGACUUGGGGAUUUUGGGGAUCGAUAUUAUGGGACUUGUUAG